CAACAACAGGAGGUAUAUAUAUAAUAAAGGCAUUUAUACAGACGAACACUUACUUGUAGCGAGUAUACGCACAGCUGGUUCUCGCUUCUGCUGCGUCAGAGGUUGAUUUUCGGAAUCAAUCAUGGGCGACGAAAGCGAUGAUUACCGUGAUGAAGAUGGCGAGCCCUUGAUGGAUGUCGAUGAAGAAAUCCAGUCUGACCUAGAUGAGCCUCAGCAACACCACCUGGAUGACAUAGAUGAUUCUCUUUAUGACAGCCAUGAGCGAUCCCCAGAUCCAUCGUAUAUCGACUCAAAGGGAAAGCUGCAGAAAAGACUGAUAAUAAAAUCCCCGCGUAAAGAUAAGGCGAAGCUGCAGAAACGACUGACUAUAAAAUCCCCUCGUAAAGAUUCAAGUCCUAUGGAUCUUGGAUUCAAUGGUGACGAUGGUGAUGACAGCAAGGAUGAUGAUAUGGCGGAGUGGAUUAGACAUUACUAUUCAGAUGAUUCGGAUGGAGGGAAGAGGAAAAGAGAGGAAUGGGCGGAGAAAUUUGCGGAGAAAAUGAGGAAGGGGGAGAAAGGUGAGAAGAAGUUUAAGACGAGGAGAAGUGGAGGAGGGGAAAUGAGAGAUCAUGAUGAGGAUGCUGAGAUGAAAGAGAUGUGGGACACAAUCCCGGGUGGAAACUCCAAGGAUGACCAGGAGGGUUUUAGGACUAUGGAUGAUGAUAAUUUGAUCUAUGACAGUGAUGUGGAUCCGGAUGACAGUGAUGGAAGUGACAAUGAGCAUUCUCCAAUUUACACCCCCGAGGAUGACCAGGAGGGUUUUAGGAGUGUGGAUGAUGAUAGUUUCACCGAUGACAGUGAUGUGGAUCCGGAUGACAGUUAUGGAAGUGGCAAUGAGCAGUCUGAGUCUCCAAUUAACACUUCCGAGGAUGACCAGGAGUGUUUUAGGACUGUGGAUGAUGAUAAUUUCAUGGAUGACAGUGAUGUGGAUCCAGAUGACAGUUAUGGAAGUGGCAAUGAACAUUCUCCCAUUUACACUCCCGAGGCAGAAGAGGGAGAAGAGGAUGAGGAGAUUAAGGAGCUCUUCGAAAUGGGAAAGAAUCAGAAGAAAAACGAGAAAGGUGCUGCAGAAACUGCUUCGCUGGUUGGGAACAUCAUGGCUGAGCUAAAAGUUGUUGCAGAAGAAGAUGCUGAACUCUACAGACAGGGAAAACCAGCCAUUAAUAAGUUGAAAAAGCUGUCUCUCCUUACCGAUGUCCUAUCAAAGCAGCAACUUCAUCAAGAGUUUCUGGAUCAUGGAGGUCUGACUCUUCUGAAGCAUUGGCUUGAACCUCUACCAGAUGGAAGCUUACCGGAUAUUAACAUCCGUGCUGCUGUUUUGAAGAUCCUGAAUGAUUUCCCAAUUGACCUGCAGCAUUCUGAUCGACGUGGACUGCUGAAAAGGAGUGGCCUUGGAAAGGUCAUUAUGUUUUUGUCGAUGUCUGCUGAGGAAACUACAGCCAACCAGAAACUUGCUAAAGAGUUGGUUGAUAAAUGGAGCCAACCAGUAUACGAUAACAGCACAAGGAUUGAGGACAUGAAGAACGUCGAGGAUGAAAAAAGUUUCAGGAGGCCUCCUGAUAAAGAGGUGACCGGUAAAGGAACAACAAUGGCAGCACCAGAUGAUGACCUUGAUUAGCUGGAUACUCAGAAUGAACAAAAAGUUGCAGCAACUGAAAGCACCAAAGGGAAUCGUGGCAUAAUGAACUACCUGUAAUUUUGUUGCUCUGCAAUAACCAAUACAUAUGGCAAUAUGACGCCUUUACUCUCUGAAUCAUAGUCAUUUUCAUGGGAUGAAACGGCUGGAGUUAUCAAGCCGUCAGUAUGAAUUGUGGAUGCUAGUGUCUGUUAAAUCUGGAAGCUGAUGAUAGACUGUUGGCUGUUAAACCUUAUGUGUAUUUAUCUGUGUGCUUGCUUUCCCGACUAAGAUUUUACAUGAAUUUUGGACCUAAUAAUCCUUUUAAAUUAGUUUUGCUUUUG